AGUCGCAUCGGAGCCGCCGUGUGGUGAGGGCCGGGACGUUGUCGCCGCUACGUUGCUGAUUGCGUUGAAUUGCGAUUUGUGCUGCCUUGGAUAUUGGCUACACACCUGUUGCCAUAGAGGAGCUGCUUUGAUAAGGGCUGUGGAUGAGGAAUAAUGAGCUACAAGCUUCAUUAAACAGGUUUCUGAGGCUCGAUGGCUCUCUCUGGAUGAGGGUGUAACUCUUGAUGGCCCAUCAUGGCCAGCCGGCCGCGCCGCCCGCGCUGGUGCCACGGCGGCCGCCUGCCGCCGGUCGGCCCCCGGCCGCCCUGCCCGCGCUGGCGGCCGUGCACCGACCGCCGCCGCCUCCGCCGCCGCCACCGCGGCCCCCUGCGCGCCGCGAGGUCACACUGCAGAGUCCGCGACCCGACCAGCUGCGCGCCUUCAACAUCUACUCAACAACACCGUCGGCAUCCGGGGAUCGAACCGACGCCGGGCGCGGCCGACGACCGGCGUCGGCGCACGGCAAGGCCGGCGGCGACAGCGGCUGGCACGGCAGCGCGGCGCCGGCUAAGCCGGUGAGUCGGCAGCCGGUGCCGCUGAAGCCGCCGCCGCCGCCGGCCGAGGAGCCGGAGCCGAGCCUGCGCGACUCGUUUGUGUGCUCCGUGUGCGGCCGCUGCCGGUGCGAGGCGUGCCGCGAGCCGCGCCCGCUGCCGCAGCACCUGCUCUGCGGCCAAAAGUGCGUACUCUCUGCCGAGACGUGCGUGGACUGUGUGUCGUGUCUGUGCUGCGUGAAGGCGCUCAGCUAUCACUGUUCGUCUUCGGACUCGGGCUCGCGCGACGCCGACAAGCCGUGUUCGUGCGGCGCCGGCAGCGCGGGCUGCUGCCUGCGCUGGACCGGCCUGGGACUGCUGUCGGCCGUGCUGCCCUGUCUCUGGUGCUACUGGCCGCUGCGAGGCGGCGUCAAACUCUUGGAGAAGUGUUACCAGCGGCGCACCGGUGCCGGCUGCACGUGUCCGGCGACCAGCCUGCUGCAGCGGUGAGCGACGGACGGCCCGGGCGGCCGCUCAUCUGUGAUUCGCCGACGAACGCCGGCGCCAGCGCGGCGAGAGGGAAUGUGAGCGACUGGGUGAGAGCCGAGUGUGAGAGAGCGAGAGCGAGAGCGUGGCUGGUGGCUGUUGACCGGUAUCGGUGCGGUGGACCGCUGUGGGCUGCACCCGGGGCAAUCGGAUAUUACAUAGUCAGCAGGCAUGUUCUGUAUAUUUUGUACAUCCAACUAUAGAGAAAUAAUUUAUUUAUAUGGUGGGUUUACUUCGGAAACCGGCGAUGUACAAGAUUUGCUAAGGAGUAUUUAUUCGCGCGAUAGCUAGAAUUUUCUGCGCGUGACAAGGUGCUAGUCAACGUUUCGUUAAAACCCGCUGACCCGCCCGCUCCUGUUCCCGUGCUCCGCUAAUUCCUCUCGUCUGCCUCUGUCGUUUGCUGGGCGCCGGUCGCCGCACUGCUCUGUCCGCCUCAGCUCGUGUCCGCCGGCACAGCCCGUGUCCGCGGACAGCCGCGGUGUGUCCGCAGCCGGACACAGUGUGUGUCAGCCGCCGCCCCAGGUCAGGUCGCCGCUACCGAUCACCAGCAGCCCACGGCCGCUCUCAUGUAUUGGAUGAUGCGUUUUCCUUAACCGAGUUAUACAGUAUUAUCUAGUCCCUGUUGGCGGUGCCCAGGCGCCCCUGCCGCACACGUUGUUUGUUGGUUGUACUGCUAAUUACAAAUAAAUGCAGUGCGUUGUGUGUAUGUAUAACUGUACAUGUAUGUAUAAAUGUACCGGCUGUACGUGAUCAAUACAGCUACAGUGAACAAUGGA